UCUAUUCUAUAAAUUUUUAGCAACAGUUCCAUUUUCAUGAUCUUCCUAGUGCUGAGUAUAUUAGAAUAGUCAGGGUACUCGUUAAAAAAUUGCACGCGUUUUCAUCAAGUGCAAAAAUAGAUGAUACUUAUAUGAACGAAUUGAAAAAAAUUGCUGUUCCAUAUAUGCAAGGCAAAAUGUAUAUUUUUCUACGCAAUUUAAUUUAUCGAUGGCCUUUAGACGACUCCUUCAGACUUGUAUUGGAAUUGUGGCUAAGUUUUAUUCAACCGUGGAGAUAUCCAGGAAACGAGCAAUUAGAAUUGAUGGGUUUAACUAAGCAACAUGAUGCAGAUGGAUUAUCACGACCUUCAAAGCUAGCGGAUAAGGAAUAUUUACCUUUUAUUGUGGAAAAUAUUUUGGCAUAUGUUGUCAUUUUUCAACAGCUUUUACCAAGGUUUACAAAAGUAGACCUAUCGAGUCCUAAAAUCGCCCUUAUGCUGUAUCGAAUGUUAAAGGUUAUGGGACAACCAAUGUUAGCGGACAUGCUGAGAGAAGUAGAAAGUGCGUUAGAGAAUAUAAACAAUUCUCCUACACACGUGCGAUGGCCUUCAUCUGUUCCCCCAUUGUCGCCGACUUCAAGUUGGUGUUCAACAAAUACAAGUCCAAAUAUAUCUUUUAAUAAGGACCAUUCGCAUAAUCUUUCUUAUAUGGGAGCCGCCUCCUUAUCAGGUUCAUUUAUAGAUUCUUCUGUUACAUAUAGAGGUAUAGGAGGAAAAUGGUCAAAUAUAGUAAAACAGAAAAUCGUUGAGUUAGAAUGUCCUAAUUUUUGCUAUAAACCGUUAUUUACAACACAACCGGCACAAGAGGUAUUUGAUUUAAUAAGGCACAUACAGAAAGCACAACAUGCCGCAAACGCAAUUAUUAGAUUGAGAAAAGAGGAGGAGAGCAAAUCUUCGAGGGGUAUAUUUGGUUUUCUUCGGAUAAUCUUUACACAACCCGAUUUCAAUAAUGAUGAAUUUCCAUUAGAAGAACGUGAAAAAGUUCCAAUUGUUUUAAAAUAUUCCUUAGAAUUCUUGGUGGAUAUUUUCCAAAUUAGAAAUUUAAAUGUAAGUGGAAUUUCAAACGAUGGUAGUACAGAUUUAAAUGAUUUAUCAUCGCAAAUACAUAAAGACGAUUUCCCAUACAUACUGACGCCGCAAAGAGUGAGGGAAAGAGUUAAAAAUUUGCGUUUUGAAGGAGAUCCGGACUUGCAACCAAUUAGAUCCAAUGAGAAUACCUUUUUAGUUAGAAUUCUGUAUCAGUUGUCGAAAAAAAUAAACGAAGAGUUCUAUUACCAUAUAAAUAGACUGUAUUAUGACCAAAGCUUUGUCGGAAGAAUUUGUCGCGAAGUGGUUAGCCCGCCUAUUACAGUCUACAAAUAUGAAAAAAGCAAUGAUGGACUGUCACCUAGAAUUCAAGAAUCAUUGCCUCCUAGGAUAACUUUGCGCCCUCUAGCUAGCCAUAAAUUUUUAACAUAUUUAGCUUUAGGGUUCAUAGUCUUCAAUUUUUGUGGAUAUGGGAUUGUGUCGUAUUUAUUUUUUGUUUUCUCAUUAUGGAGUAUGAGUAUCUUGUUAAGAGUUAUUAUUCCAAAAAGAAGACAUUGCGAUUCUCCAACAAGACUAUUAAAUUUAAAUUUGAACGACUCUUUUAGUUGAGAGUAACUAAUGAAAAAUUUUUAUUUGAUGUGUCUAUUGCUAAGUAUAAUUGUACCUCUGAAUAAACACCAUUGUAAGUACUAAUAUACAAAACAAGUAACACAUAAUUAUUUUGAACAUGUAUACAUACUAAGUUUUGUACACUUUUGUAUAUUUUAAACUUUUUAAAUAAAAAUACAACGAGAAAAAAAUUAGUCAGGAACUUCCU